AAUGACGUGCUUGGUUCUGUGAGCCGUACAUGGCCAUCGGAUUAAACUGAACAACAAAGUUUUCAGCUGGACGAAGAGCCAGGAUGAAUGGAACUACCUUUUCGAAUUUUGACAACCAAGAGCACGUGUUAAAAUUAGGCGAGACGUUUGAGAAACAUCCUAAAAGUGCCUACCACACUGUGAGAUAUGACUUCAAACCUGCCUCCAUUGACACAACGUGUGAAGGCGAGCUGGAAGUGGGCAAGGGAGAGCAAGUCACGAUAACGUUGCCUAAUCUAGAGGGCUCCAGUGCUCCCGUCACUGUGUUUAAGGGCUCAAAGAGGCCAUACAUGAAGGAAUGCAUCCUCAUUGUCAACCACGAUACUGGAGAGUAUAGACUGGAGAAACUCAACAGCAACAUUGCUGUGAAGAAAACCAGGGCUGAGGGCAGUAGUAAAAUUCACUCACGUCUGGAGCAACAGACCAGUCGCUUGGGUCAACAAAUGAAGAGCAGCAGCAGCAGCAGCAGCAGUAGCGGCAUGAGCAGAAAUUCUGCUAACUCUAAAAGUUCUCCCCCCAAAGAGAAGGCCUCCCCUGCUUCUCCAAUGGACGAUAUUGAGAGAGAGCUCAUGGCUGAGGUACAGGUGAUGGACCAGCUGAGCAGCGACAGCUCCUCCAACUCCAACAGCUCUUCCUCCUCGAGCAGUGAAGACAGCUCCAGCAGCAGUGACUCUGAAGAUGAGCGGAGAAACGGUGCACCGCCAGCCCCGGCGAACCCCAGUAUGCCUGUCCUCACCACCACCACCAUUAUGAGUGGCAGUGGUCGGCCUCAGGAGAGCACAGGCGGACUCAUGAACACGCUCAAGAAUGAUCUGCAACUCAGCGACUCUGGUAGUGAAAGUGACUGAACCGUUGAAUGCUGCCCCAUUACCACAGAGACAAACUUUGUCUUCCAUUGAUGCAUCACCGCUCAACGUGUUCUGUAACUUUGUGCCGACACGGGUUUACUCUUAAACUGUCUUAAACUGGAGUCUUCUGUUCAUUAUUAAAUGCUAGCUGAUGUAACUCAGAUCUCUUCCGGGUCACUUAGAAUUCAACAUUGAAGGGCAUAAUCUAUACAUCUGACUGGUUGCAUCGACAAUCCUGACGUUUUUCCCUUAAACUUUGGUAUGUAAAACUGUUAGUUGUAAGGAUGUUGCUAACUAUGAGUUGUGAUUCAUUUGUAGCUAUAGCAGUGGUUUUGUUGAAAAGAUUUUAAUUCCUCAAGUUAACGUAAUGCAAUGAACUUUGUGCCACAUUACUAUGAAUUGGUAUUAAAAGAUAUUAUGUCAGAAAAUAAGUUACGAAUCGGUUGCCAUUCUUACUAUUUUGUCCUUAAACCUCACCCAAAUGAUGUUUUCAGCGAAGCAACAGUGUCAUGUCAGCUCUUUGGUUGGUGGCGUUUAGUUGGGUUUUAUGUCGUAUGUUACAAGAUGUCACAUUAUCACUAAUGAUACCAAUGCCAACAGCUGCCUUAAAACCACUCGUCUCGUUACCAGCUGUUAGAUAGACCAACUACUGUAGAUAGAAUCUGUGUAUCACACAUACCCUUUGAGGGUUUUUGGGUAAAUUGGGAAAAACAGUGCAUCUUCCACUUAUACAACGACAGAUGUAUUUGAUGAUUGUUGCAGGGCUGAAGUUGAUUAGACUGGAUUGAUAAUUGUAGCUCUACCUGCCGUACUUGAAAUGAAGUGAAAUUAUUUAUAUUUCUUAAAUCUGCUUGAACGGCAUUGAUCUGUUGUGCGAAGAGCCCAGGUGGUGACUCAAACAGAUGGACAAAUAGCUUCACUGUGACGUGGAAGAUUUUGUUUGGUGAAUAAAAAAUGUUGAUUGAGUUUUGCUUUUCAAUCAAUUUUAUUAAAGUCUUUAU